AUAGAAAGAAAAUAACUUAAAUCCAUUCUUCUUCGUUCUGGAAAAAACUUAAAAGGGUUAUAGGUAUAAUAUGCUCCUCUACUAUGACGUUUUAUCAAACAUGCUCCUCUACUAUUUUUUACAUCAAAUAUGUCCCUGUACUUUGAAAAAAUUAUCAAACAUGCCAUUCUGUUGAAUUUUUCAUUGAAAAAUUGUCAAUCAUGGUUGAACCGAGAUUUAGACGACCCGACAUCGACAAAUGGGAGGAAAAAUGCCAGUUUUGUCCCCUGUUUUAUUUCCCUGGGUCUUUUCAAAGUGAAAUUAUUUGAAUGAUUUGAUUAUACAAAAGAACCAAAAAAAUUCUAAAGUGAAUUUAUUAAGGAUAUUUUAGUCAUUUGUGUCUCCCAAACUAAAGUUCGGCCUUGGUUAACGGUUUUUGGAUGAAAAUUUUAACAAAAGGGUAUGUUUGAUAAUUUUUACAAAGUACAGGGGCAUGUUUGAUAAAGCGUUAUAGUAGAGGGGCAUAUUAUACCUAUAAUCCAACUUAAAAGUGUGUUUUAGUGUUCUUAAGCCUAUAGCCUAAGGCUAACUCCAAUGGAGCCUCUAUGAAUGGGGAAGCCUCUAUAUUUGGGGGAAAGUUGGCUCCAAUGGAGCCUCUAUAAAUGGAGGAGUCUCUAUAUUUGGGGGAGAUCUCCAAAAGGAUCCCCAAAUUUGGGGAAAAAUCCAAAACUACCACUGUUAAAAAAAAUUACAAAAAUACCACCCAUUCCCAAUAAUUUCCAAAAAUACCAUCGUUUAUAUAAAACCGCGCCUCCUGGCAGCGGUUUAGAAUAUAACCGCCUUGCCAAGAGGCGUUUUUAAUUUCCAGCAAAAACCGCUUCUGGAAUGCGCGGUUAUAGGCUAACCCUACCACAAAACGCUUGAAGAGGAGCGUUUAAAUGUCGGCAUGAUAAACCGCCCCACCAGGCGGCGGUUUACCAUGUCAGGACAUAAACCUCUGCCCCAAGGCGCGGUUUGUGCCUGGUCACCCGACAGCAAACAUAUCGGACAUGUCGGCAUGCAAGGGGUAGGGCUGCAUGGCAGACCUAAAACCGCUCCCCCCCACCCCCCCCCCCCCCCCCCCCCCCCCCCCCCCCCCCCCCCCCCCCCCCCCCCCCGCGGUUUUGCUGCAAAAUUUGCCUAUAAAAGGCUGUUUCAGAGAACUCAAUUCUUCACACUCCUCCUUUUCCUUCUUCAAAUUUCAGCUUUGCACCUUUAAAUUAUUUAGUUUUUGCGAUUAACGUUAAUUCGUAAGUUUGUUUCGUAAUUACUUUUCAUUGUCCUUUGUGAUUUUAUGUUAGUAACUUAAUUACCUUUUAUUGUCCUUUGUGAUUUUAUGUUAGUAACUUAAUUACUUUUCAUUGUCCUUUGUGACGUUAUGUUAGUAACUUGUAUUACUUUUCAUUGCAGAUGGCAUUCCAAAGGUUCAAGCUUGGGUUGCGGUGGAAUGGUUACACGGAAGAGACCGAAAAGGGUGUAAGUUACGUCGGUGGCAAUUUUUAUAAAAUGAAGGUCCCUACGAGACCGAUGCUUGAAGAGCUCCAUCAAAUGUGCACUCAGAUUACCUGCAUGGAUGGCACUAAAAGAGUUGAUCAAAUGGUGUAUCGAUAUCCAAACAGACAUGACGGGUCGCUGUGGAAUGAGGAAUUCCUCCUUACCACUCAGGAGGACGUUGAUGCCAUGGUCCAAUUUUUGACCACCAAUAAAAUUAAGCAAGCGGAGAUGUUCGUUUACACCGAGGCAGUCGAAGGCAGUGUAGGUCAUUCUGGAGAUGGUCAAACAUCUGGUAUCCAAGGUGGGAGUGUAUUAUACGAAGAUCAUCCCCACCAGGAUUUCCAAGACUCGAGCUGGAGGCAGGAGUAUCAUCAUGGAACUGGAGGAAGUCAUCAAUCCUUCCCUUCAUAUGAAGAAGAAGCUCAACAGGCGGAUCACAACCAACAAGCAGGCUACCAGUACCCACCCGAGUACAACUUUUAUCAAAAUGGUGUUAGUUACCACAACUACCAUUACGGAGCUGGUGAAGGUGAAGGUGCCUUUCAUGAUGAUAAUCAGAUGGAAGAAGAGGUAAAUCCAAGUACAGUUAGUGACCCUGAGGUUGAAGAAGAGGAAUGCGAAGUUAGUGCAGACAGCUUCGAUCCGCUGGAAGGUGCUGAUGAUUCCGGUCCAGAUUCAUACGCAGAUGGUGAUGAGGUACCUCACGACCGUGUACCUAUUCCAUACUACAAUCACAUUCAAAAUGAAGAUUGAAAAUAUCAACAUCCGGCCCAACCUACGAUAGCAUAACAAUAACAUAAAUCAAUUAGUAUAUAAAUUAAAUAAAUCAUUAUAACAACAACAAUUGGGAAAAAUGAGUACGUAUCGUUUGAUAAUCAUCAUAAUAAAGGCCUCUUCUUGGGCGAAAUCGGCCAUUUUUUUGGAAUCCGGACAGAGGUUUGACGGUUUUUUAGUGAAAACCAAAGAAAAAGUUUUUUGGAGGCAGAUCGGACUUAGCCGCAACCAACAAAAUAACUAAUUCUAAGGUUUUUGGGUGGGGGGGGGGGGGGGGGGGGUGGGGGGUAGAGUGAGAAGUUAGAGGGAGAGAGGGGGGAAUGGGUUUGGUAUGCAGAAAAUAGGACGGGGAAGGUGGGUUUAUAUAGGGACGAAACCGCGUGAGCGAGGGGCGGUUUCGUCCUUUUACCCCAUCUAAAACCGCGCAUCCAGCACACGGUUUGCAUUCCCCAACAGUCAAACCGCGCUUCGGGGGAGCGGUUUGACUGAGCGACGAGGAUCGCUGAGCUGGCACGCGGUUUGGCAGUCAGAUCGCUCCCCCAUCGCGCGGUUUGAUGCAACGCCACGUGGCCACGCGUUUUGACAGCCAUGCAAGGUCAAACUGCGCGUUGGAGGCGCGUUUUGUGCUAUAACCGCUGCCAGGAGGCGCGGUUUCAAUUAAAACCGGCCAUUAGAGGCGCGGUUUUAAAUAAACGAUGGUAUUUUUGGAAAUUAUUGGGAGUGGGUGGUAUUUUCGUAAUUUUUUUUAAACAGUGGUAGUUUUGGAUUUUUCCCCAAAUUUGGGGGUGGAAAUGGGAGUUCCCCCAAAUAUAGAGACUCCCCAAAGCCCGCCACGUGGCGUUUCUUUUUCUUUUUAAGAUUUUAAGGGUUAAUUGGGGUUUAAUUAGGGGAUUAGUUAGGGGUUUAAUUAGAUCAAUAAUUUUCAAGUGUUGUAUGUAAACCCAAAUUAGGUCAAUCAUUUUUUGUCAACAAAAAUUUGCUCUCAAAAUUUAAAAAAUUUCUACUGGAAAUUUUUAUUUAAAAAUGAUGACGAACUAUACAAAAAUUAACAUGAACAAAUUAUAUUAAGACUUCGAUAAGUACAUUUUUAAGUAAAUGGAAAACUUAAAAAAUGGAGAUCUCCAAAUAUAGAGGAUGUAGCAUUGGAGCAAAAGAAGGGAAAAUGGGGAUGAACCCCAAAUUUGAGGAUGAAGAUCCCUAAAUUUGGGGGCUUGCAUUGAAGUUGGUCUAAAAUAGUGAUAGGCUGAUAUAGUUUUAUCCUUAAAAAAUUUCAUGUAACUUAAAAACUUUGUGGACGAUGAAAAUAUUAUUUAAAUUAAAAUGAACAUUGUUCAUGACUUUAUCAUAAUGCAAGUCACACGUUGUCAAGCUUUCGUACAACCACCCUUCAAACCCAACAAUCUGCACUAUUAGUAGUGCUCAUGACUACUUAAAUGGGUAAGGUAAAAAUGCACCCUUAACCUAAUUAAGCUGACUAGCUUGCUAAAAUGUCAAAACUGCCCAUUAAUGCACGAGGUAAUCAAAGCCCUGAUACCAAAUAAUGCAUAUCCACAUCCUGAUUUCGUAAGUUGAAACCCAAGCCAAAAAAACUCCACUUACUUGCUGACUGCAGUAAUUUAAAAGUAGUUUUCUGAUGACGAUUAACGUAACUCUCAGUACCGGAAAAUAUGAUAACAAUAAUGCGCCUUCCUUUGUUUGUUAGUUAGUUUUUCUGUUUGUGUUUGUGUUUGUGUUAGGGAUAGGAAAUAGAUAAAAGAUAGUUUGUAAAAUCGCGAAGUAAUUUGAAUUUUUGGUAUUGAUAGUAGAUCAAUAAGAACAUUUUGAUUCA